AUGGAGCAGUCAGUAAAUGCGGGGGUUCCAUUUAUUUUCAUUGAAAUGGACAAAUUCAAAGAUGCUUAUAUAGAAAAUGAAGAAGAACCUUUAUGGAUUUACGCAUACGGUUCAUUAAUUUUUCAUCCUUCUUUUGACCCGGCUGAACGAAAAAUUGGUUAUGUAAGCAAUGUUCGGCGAGAAUUUUCUCACGCGAGCUAUCGUUUUGGAGUUGCUGAUUGGCCCGGAAGAGUGGCGACUCUUGUUCACCAUAAUGGACGACGUACAUGGGGCGUUGGAUACAAGAUUACGGGAAGAGAUAAAAAACAAAACGCAUUUGAAAUGCUGUCAGAAAGAGAAAUUGCUCAGGGUUAUGCUAUUGGAAUGUUAGAUUUUAUUGAUGCUGUGAGUGGUGAAAAAGUGGAAGCGGCAGUGUAUGUCACCGCCCUAGACUCUAAUUUAUCUUUAAUGGAUGAUCCCUUGGAUAUCCAGGUAAGUAAAUGA